GCGCGUGCUCGGGCGGCGGGCGCGGAGCGCGGCGGGAGCGGUGCGGGAGCGGAGCGGGAUGGCGGGCGCGCUCACCGACCUGCUGGGAGAGGUGCUGGUGGCCGCCGACGGCGAGGAGGUGGCCGUGUCGGCGCUGGCCGCCCGCGGGGUCUCCCUGGUGGGGCUCUACUUCGGCUGCAGCCUCGGCGGCCCCUGCGCGCAGCUCGGCGCCAGCCUGGCCGCCUUCUACGGGCGCUUCAGGGGGGAGGCGGCGGCGGCCGGCGGGCAGCGCCUGGAGAUCGUGUUCGUGUCGGCCGAGCAGGAGCAGCAGCAGUGGCAGGAGGCGGUGCGGGCCAUGCCCUGGCUGGCGCUGCCCUUCGCCGACAAGCACCGCAAGCUGAAGCUGUGGAACAAGUACAGAGUCUCCAACAUUCCUUCCCUAAUAUUUAUCGAUGCCUCCACCGGGAAGGUGGUUUGCAGGAAUGGCCUUCUGGUCAUCCGAGAUGACCCUGAAGGUCUGGAGUUCCCUUGGGGGCCAAAACCCUUCAGUGAAGUUGUUGCUGGGCCUCUGCUAAGGAACAACGGGCAGACACUGGACAGCAGUGCCCUGGAGGGCUCUCACGUUGGGGUCUAUUUCUCUGCGCACUGGUGCCCGCCGUGCCGAAGCCUCACAAGGGUCCUGGUUGAGUCCUACCGUAAAAUCAAGGAGGCAGGCCAGAAGUUUGAGAUCCUCUUCGUCAGUGCAGACAGGUCAGAGGAAUCCUUCAACCAGUACUUCAGUGAGAUGCCCUGGGUGGCUGUGCCCUACGCCGACGAGGCCAGGCGGUCGCGCCUGAACCGGCUCUAUGGCAUCCAAGGCAUCCCAACCCUCAUCGUCCUGGACUCCAAGGGAGAUGUGAUCACACGGCAGGGGCGGGUGGAGGUGCUGAACGACAUCGAGUGCCGCGAGUUCCCCUGGCACCCCAAGCCCGUGCUGGAGCUGACGGACUCCAACGCUGUGCAGCUGAAUGAGGGCCCCUGCCUCGUUCUCUUUGUAGAUUCAGAGGAUGACGGAGAGUCGGAGGCAGCGAAACAACUGAUUCAGCCCAUAGCUGAAAAAAUCAUAGCCAAGUACAAAGCCAAAGAUGAGGAGGCGCCGUUACUCUUCUUCGUGGCGGGUGAGGACGACAUGACCGACUCCCUGCGGGAUUACACCAACCUGCCUGAGGCUGCACCCCUGCUCACCAUCCUGGACAUGUCAGCCCGGGCCAAGUACGUGAUGGAUGUGGAGGAGAUCACACCUGAAAUCGUGGAAGCCUUUGUCAGCGACUUUCUAGCAGACAAGCUAAAACCCGAGCCCAUCUAAGGGGGCUUCUGCGCCAACAGACAUUAUUUAAAACUAGGUCUCUCUUCCGCCGCUUGUGGAUUCUCCAGCGUGUCCUCACGCCCGACCCAGUAUCCAACCUUCUUGUGGUGCCUUGUUUUACGCAGUGAAUCCUUCUCCUAAGCAAACUCCUUGAGAUGCACUUUCAGCAGGGAGUUGUUGGCGUUUGGAGACUUCGCUUGUGCUUCAUGGUGAUAUAUUCUCUAAUAACCAGGCCAGAACUGUUACCGUAUCCUUACUUUAUACACGGCACUAGCUAGCAGGCAAAUUUCCUUGCAUG